AUGACAGAUGGCAUGCCUCCCCUCAAGCCUGCCGAUGGAGUUAUCAUGGAUGCAACUCACCACCUACAUGGACAUGAAGAUGUUCAUGGAACUACGACGACAACGUUCGAGAAUGGCUCAUUUACCACUCAUGUAAGUCACACAACAGAACUCAAGGUCGAUUGCCCGAAUGUGACCACUACCGCGAGGGGCAAUUUACCAACCUCGCCGAUUCCUCAAGCAGAAGAUCAACCUUAUGUAGCAGUGUCAGUCCCUGAAGAUGUGAAUCCUGCUGCUCCUAGCCCCCAACAGAGUGAUGACUGGGAUAUACCAAAAGCCAUAGUGUAUGGUGGCUUAGUGGAGUCAGUCACCAGCCUCUCCGUUGUUUCAGCAGCAGCAUCAAGUGGAGCAAAAACAUUGGACAUAUUCAUCUUGGGCAUAGCCAACCUUAUGGGAGGGCUUCCUCUCAUUUUCCACAAUAAAACUCAGAAAACUAACAUAUCCUUCCUUUCCCAUCGACAACAGAUUGCCGAUCUAAGAGACAUUCGAGAUGUGAAUGAGGACAACGAACGCGUCGGCCACUACUGGUUGCAGCUCGGAAGGCGGUCGAAAGCCCGACUCCACAUGAUCCUGGCCCUGCUCUCAUACAUCGUGUUCGGGCUACUUCCACCAAUCCUCUACGGUCUGUCAUUCCGUGAGAGCAAUGACAGGGAGAACAAGAUGAUGGUCGUCGCCGGUGCUUCACUCGCCUGCAUCGCUCUGCUAGCACUUGGAAAGGCGCAUGUCAAGGAAGCACCCAGGACAUACUUCAAGACCCUAAUGUACUACCUGACAGUCGCUGUGAGCUCGUCGGGGCUGUCGUACGUCGCCGGCGUGCUGAUCACGCAGCUCCUGGUGCACUUUGAAAUUAUCGAGCAAGGUGGGUCGGCUGCUCCUCCUUCUCUGGGCCUGUCACUCCCUCAUUCUGUGGGUGCACAAACAUCUGCCUGGGCCUCAUUCUGA